AGGCCGGGCAGGGGGUCGUUCAGUUGGUGGUGAAUCGCGCUAGGUGUCGCACGUGUUGCCUAACCUCCCGGCGCCGCGCCCCUCGUGUCUCACUCACACACCUCAGCGCCAGCAGCAGCCCGCCGCAGCCAUGUCCGCCGCCGCCUCCGAGGCCGCCAUCAAGAAGCUCAACUUGGAGAAGGCCACCAACUUCAUGCGGCAGUACCGGGACCCGCAAAGCCGCGAGCUCCGCAAACUGUCGGCGCACCAGUUCAUGGAGGUGUGGAGCCACUACGACAAGGACGGAAAUGGCUACAUCGAGGGCACAGAACUUGACGGAUUCCUUCGCGAGUUUGUCUCGAGCGCCAACGCCACCGACGUCAGCCCUGAGGCCAUGUCAGACGCGAUGCUGUUGGAGCUCAAGCAGUGCUUCAUGGAGGCCUACGACGACAACCAGGAUGGCAAGAUCGACAUCCGCGAGCUGGCCCAGCUCCUACCCAUGGAGGAGAACUUCCUGCUAUUGUUCCGCUUCGACAAUCCCUUGGACUCGAGCGUCGAGUUCAUGAAGAUAUGGCGCGAGUACGACACGGAUGGAAGCGGCUACAUCGAAGCAGACGAGCUCAAGAACUUCCUCCGAGACCUCUUAAAAGAGGCUAAGAUUAACGACGUGAGCGAGGACAAGCUGAUUGAGUACACGGACACCAUGCUGCAGGUUUUCGACGCGAACCACGACGGCCGCCUACAGCUGUCAGAGAUGGCAAAGCUGCUCCCAGUGAAAGAGAACUUCCUGUGCAGACAAGUAUUCAAGGAGGGAAUGGAAGGUGCGACAAAGCUCACUAAGGAUGACAUUGAGCGCGUCUUCUCACUGUACGACCGCGAUAACAAUGGCACAAUUGAAAAUGAAGAGUUGCGGGGAUUCCUCAAAGACCUUCUGGAACUUGUCAAAAAGGAUUAUGAUGCAACAGAUCUACGAGAAUUUGAAGAAACCAUCCUACAAGGAGUUGACUACAACAAGGAUGGAAAGAUUAACAAGAAAGAGCUCACAAUGAUUUUGCUUGCCCUCGCAAAGCACAAUCAGGAAGAUUCCUAAACAAACUUCCUGUGCUGUCACACUAUUGUAAGAGCAUCCAUCUUCUUUUGUAAAUAUUGUCUAUGCUAAAACUAUAUGAAUGAGGGAGAGGGAAAGGAAGGCAGGCAUUUUGAACUAAAAUGAAUAAAUAAGCAGGUAACUUGAGGGAAGAGGGAAAAUGAAACUAGAAAGACAGACAGAUAAAUUAAGAAAGUUCUCCUACGUAUGUAGAAAAAAAAGCUGUUUAAAGCACAACCGGUUUCAUGGGAAUUAAAAGCCAGUGUGUCAGUAAUUACUGGUACUUUGAAAGUAAGUUCUGGACAAUAUACUAAACAAAAUAACAGUUUUGCUUGAAAACAAAUACCUGUAUUGGUUUCAAAUUUGGAAAAUAUUUCAUGAUAUUAGUUGAUCUGUUCACAACAGGGUAAUUGAACAUUGUUGUUAGUUGUGUAAGAAAAAAUUGACAACAGAUCAAUAAAAAAAAGACCAACAGCAUAAUCACCCGUAGAAUCUGCUUUUCACUCCUUAAGACCUCUCGCAUCUCCUCCUUACUCAAACAUGAGUAUCAGAAUAGGAAAUUAAAUAUGUAUGUACUCUUGACAACAAAAUGAGGUCUGAUCUUUCCUUAAUUCCAAAUAACUCAUUUACAUCAAUCCAAAACCACAAUUGCAAAUCUAUCUAUAUCCUCCCUCUCUUUCUUUCUGUCUUAAUUCUUCCCUUCUCUCUCCUUCCUUUUUGCUGAUUUAUUACUUUCUAUCUUACCAUUUGCAGUAUAUGCUCUUUAAACUCACAUUGAGUUGAUUCUAAGCACCUGCCUAGUCUAAUUAUGAUACAAAAAAAUUAAUUAUUUUUAAUUCUUAUCUGCUAAGUGCAUUUCAAUUUGCAAUAAAAGUGAUUAAAUAAUGUUCAUUCAGAUGAUUUAUGUGCAUAAAUGUGUAUGUCUUUAAUUAUUUGUGCAAAUAAAUUGUAAGUAACUGAGACUCAAGUAUUUGUAAGGAAGAAGGGGAGUAAGCAGAUGAUGGCAAGACUUAAAUUUGGCAACAGUUGUGUCAUGCCACUCUCUUGUAUGUACCACUUUCAUGUUACUCCAAUAACAGGAUUGAUAACACAGAUGAUGAUUUCGUAAAAAGGAUAAUGGUGCAAUAUUCACUGUCCAGUGCUCCAAAGCCACACUUUUCUGCUCUUUUCAAUUGGUUUGUAGAUUGCCUCCUCGUAGAGAAUUUCCAUUUUAAUUUUCACUGCUGUCUUGUAGAGGUGACAUGCAAAGAUUUGUGAAACAUGCUGGCCAUCCAAAUGUUAUCAAAGGUGCACUUCAAAAUAUCUAGCGAUGAAAAUGGAAAGUGGAUGUUCUCCUACAAACUUGUAUUUAUAGCAGUAGAAACAAGUCUUCCACUCAGAGUUCCAUUGGAUAUCUUCAUCUGUCUUUGGUUGUCAAAUCUGAAGUUAAUGAGCAGUGUAAUUAUACUAAAGAGGCCUUUCAUAAAGAGCUGGAAUUGAUAAAAUGGCCAAUAUCAGUUCACAUAUCAAACUAAAUAAAAAGCGACAUUUCUAGUAUGUUACAGUACUUUCUUUAAGAGAAUUUAAUAUCAAGUUUAGUAUUUUCUUCAUUGUUAUGACAGACCCUUUCAUUGUUAACAGACUUUUCCAUUAAUGGGAAAGCUCUUAACAGAUUAGAGACAGAAGCCUGAAAUAGCACGGCAGAUUUGCUUUAAGCCCCACUCCCACCCCAGUGUUCAGAAAAAUCUCCGUUAUUUUUAGUCCAUAAUUUGUGUUUUUCUUCAGAACUGUUCCAGUUACAUUUUACUCAAAAAUCUUCUGAUAAGAAAGCCAAAACUGGUGACUACUACUAAGAUUAAGUUCGGAUAAGUCACCAGUCAUUAAAAAAUUUAACAAUGACCUGGUAUCAGAAACCAUCAUAUUAUUGCGUGAUAUCAUCUUUAAGUCAUCUAUUGUCAAUUUCAUAUUGCUAAGUGUCCAAAUUUUGAUUGUCACCUGGUCACAUUGUCAUCAAAACAGACUUUAUCUUAACCACAGCACAUCUCUAUAUGGUUUACUUGUACAGUUUUCAAGCAAUACUACAAUUUUUCAGCCAUCAUAAGAGGGUUUUGUUUUCUCAUCUUUUACUCAGGGGUCUCUAAGUAUUUCCGUGAAUGAACUCUGUGCAUCACAACACAUUCCAUAUUAUAAAUGCUACCGAAUUGCUGGUAAAAAUGUGUGUGACAAUAAACAGAGUUUAUUUCCGGCUGUCCGAAAAUUUUGCAAAUCUAUGUAGAGGCUAUUUAUACAAUGUUAUACUUGCAUGUACCACUUUAUCAAUCAUUAUGUAAAAUAUGACAACAAUACAUAAAGUUUACAGAA